UCCCAUUAUUUACCAAGAACACCUCUCUCUGUUGAUUGUCAACAUAAAUCAGAGAAGUCUUGUCUAUGUUGACAACAUAAUUUGGAGUAAGAAGAUUCAUGAUGAUUAUAUGGCAAUGGUGUCAUUGCUUAUUGAAGGAUUUGCACAGUUUCUGCUAGAGAUUGGCCAUGCGGCUGCUGCUGAUUGCUUAAAUUUUGAAAUGUCAAUUCUGGACUUUGCUGGGAGAUCAGAUAACCCUGAUCAUGUAGAUUGCGGAAUUUUUUUGAUGACAGCAAUGCAGUACUUUAAUGGCAAAAAUAUUCCCAUGGACCUUUCCUAUCGCGGUACAAGGACAAUGUUACGGGCUAAGAUUUGUUCAACCUUAGUCCUUUCUGAUAUGAAUGAAAUUCGGGCUGAUGUGCUGGAGGAACUGGAAUCAUUCAACAUGAUUAAAGUUGGUAUUUCCCAUGCUGUUCGUGAUCGCCGAAAGAAAAAGAAAGAAGAAGAAGAAAGACAGAGAAAAGAAGCAGAAGCAAAGAAGAAGCUAGAAGAAGAAGAGGCUGUAAAGUUGAAACAGCAGGCUGAUUUAAAAAAGGCUGAAACUACAAGGAAAAGGUUAGAAACAAUUGCAAAAAGAAAAGCAGCAGCCCAAGAGAAGCCAGAAGGAAAUGACAAUGCUCCUUUGAGAACAUACAAGUCAUCAAGGCGAAUUGCCAAGAACAACGAACCAGUGGUAGCAGCUGAAGCAGUGCCAACAGUAGAAGCAGUGCCAUUCUCUGAUAUGGAUCAAAACAAAGCUACUGUUGCACCGAAACAAAAGAGACCAAAAGUUAUUCAUCAUAAGCCACCUUCCAGUUAAUCAGUAAACUUAGCUAUCAGGUUGUUUUUAGUUGUUAUUUAGUAAACAAUUUAUAUGUGAAUAUUUUUAUUAACUGCUUUGUUUAGUUGAUAUAUUUUGA